UGUGACUAUAGCGUGAAAAUGUGUACAAAAAACGUAAAAGAAGAGUACGAGGAGGAACUCUGUGAAAUAAAAGUCACGAACGAGAGACGUCAACGACUGGACGCCGUUUUCCAAAAGCUUGUAUUACAUAGAACAGAUGCUAUUGAAAGUCUUCAUCCUGAGGUGAAGAGCCACCACGUCAAAGAGGAAGAGGAGCCCGAGAAUCUGUGCAUUAAAGAGGAGGAGGAGGAAGGGGUUGAAGACAGGUUGCCUUUGUCUUGUGUCAUUGUGAAGAUCCAAGGCGAUCAAGAAGAGGAUGAUGGAGACCCUUGUGGAGGAUUACAGGAUUACUUAGCUCCACUAUCAGACAGCAGUGACACAACUUCAGACACUUCUGACGAUCGUGACGAUGAUAUUGAAAAACACUCUAAAAGUGACGUGACGUGCUACACUGACAACAAACGCUUAAAGUGUCCUCAAUGUGACAAACCCUUUGGUACCAAGUAUGCUUUGAAAGUUCACAUGAGAACACACACUGGAGAGAAACCCUUUUCUUGCUCAUUUUGUGGCAAAAGGUUCUCUUAUAAAGAAAAGCUAUCAACACACACCAAAACGCACACUGGGGAGAAGCCAUUCGCCUGCUCAGUUUGUGGUAAAGGAUUUAGUCAGAAAGGAUACUUGCAAACACACACAAAAACACACACCGGAGAGAAACCUUUUGCUUGCUCAGUUUGCGGCCUUACGCUAACUCAAAAGUCUAAUUUAAUCAUUCACAUGAGAACACACACAGGGGAGAGACCUUUUGCAUGCUCACUUUGUGGUAAAAGUUUCUCAAUCAAGAAAAGUCUGAUAAGUCACACACGAACACACACAGGGGAUAAGCCUUUCGCCUGCUCAGUCUGUGGAAAUAAAUUCUCUACAAAGGGGCAUUUAAGAAGACACACAAGAACACACACUGGUGAGAAACCUUUUUCGUGCUUAGUGUGUGGUCUUAAAGUAACACAAAAGAAUAAUUUAAUCAAACACAUGAGGACCCACACUGGGGAGAAACCUUUCGAUUGCUCAGUGUGUGGUAAAACCUUUGCUCAGAAGGCACAACUGAGCACGCAUACAAGGACGCACACUGGGGAGAAACCCUUUCCCUGUUCUCUUUGCGCCUACAGUUUCAGUGAACGUUCCAAACUGGUUCGACACAUGAGAACACACACUGGGGAGAAAGUGUAUAGUUGCAGUGUGUGCGCUAAGAAAUUCUCGCAUAAGUAUCAGCUUGACAAACACGGCUGUUUUGGUCAACCGCUAAUAGCGCUCAAUAUUAUUCAACAGUGAAGAAUGAUUAGCAUGAGCAGAAUCUUAUGUACCUUAUUUUGACAUAUUUACAGUGACUACUUUUGCUUUAAUGACUCAUUUGUUUUGUUGCCAUGCUGUGUUACACGUAAUAAAAGAGAUUGUAAAGAAAA